AUGGCAGCCGACGGUUUUUGGUUGUUCGAAGGUCUUGAAGAGGAGCCCUACGGUCUUUUGCCACUUGUCAAUUUGUCGGGAAAGGUGAGCGCCUUUUAAAUAUACAAAUUCAGCCAUCCUUAAAAAGUAGCCGCGUGGCCGAGUGGUGAGCACGCGUGUCUUUUGUUGGCAAGACCCGGGUUCGAGCCCCACCCGGCGCACAACUUUUUUUUUUUUUUUUUUAAAUUUCCUCUAAGUUAUCCUAACUCGACCCAUUCCAGGGUGGUCCGACAAGUACCAAAUAUGUGGAUCGAAUGGGUUCGUAUCAAUGGUAUUUGAACGAUGAGACGCCGACUAUUUUGGUGCCAGGAAUGCCGGUCGAAUCGUUCUUUUGGCCCGGUGGAAAACUUCAGCAAGAUCAUGGGGUGGUGAUUUAUGAUGUGAAUCAUAUGAAGGUGAGAGGGUUAGAGACGCAGAGGGCUGGAGAAGGCUAGACUACACUGGGAAGUUAGACACCUAGAGAGCUGGAGUGAUGAGAGACGCAGAGGGUAAACCUUGAGACACCCAGGCUGCUGGGAAACCUAGAUAGCAUCAAAGCUUGGAGAGUCCAGACAACCAGAGAAGCUAGAGACGCAGAGAAAUAGCAAAUUCUAGAGAACGUGAAGUUUUGAUAGAGUCAGACAGCUAGAGCUCCCAAAUAGCAGCUAAUAUUGAGGAACAGAGAGUCCAGACAACCAGAGAAGCCAGAGACGUAGAGAAAUAGCCAAGUAGCAAUAAUGCGAGAGCCAGACAGCUAGAGAUCUCAAAUAGCAGCUAAUAUUGAGGAGACGAGAGGGUGCUGACAACCAGAGAAGCUAGAGACGCAGGGAAUACAAAAAACUAGAAACCCUAGUCUGCUUAAAAUACCAAGAGAGACACCCAGACAACCAGAGAAGCUAUAGACGCAGAGAAGUAGCGAAUUCUAGAGAAAGUCGAAUUUUGAGAGACCCAGACUGCUGGGAAACCUAGAUAGCAUCAAAUCUGAGGGAGAGUCCAGAUAACCAGAGAAGCUAGAGACGUAGAGAAGUAGCCAAGUAGCGAUAAUGCGAGAGCCAGACAGCUAGAGCUCUCUGAUAGCAGCUAAUAUUGAGGAGACUGAGAGAGACCAGACAAUCAGAGAAGCCAGAGACGCAGAGAAGAGCCAGAGAGCUAGAAGUUCUAGAUAGCAUCAACUUUUGAGAGACUCCAGACAACCAGAGAAUCUAGAGACGCAGGGAGUACGAAAAACUAGAGAACCUAGUCUGCUUAAAAUACCAAGAGAGACAUCCAGACAUCCAGAGAAGCAAGAGACGCAGGGAAGUAGCAAAUUCUAGAGAGUCAGACAGCUAGACAAGUUAGAGACGCAGACAUUUCUAAUUUCCGUGACUUUUUACCUAUGAAUUCCCGGGCACCUGUUCACCCUGUUCCAUUUUCUUCUAAAAAACAACAACAAUAUUUUUUUUUUGUCCACCGCGUGUCAAAAAUCAAAAGAAUGACGUCAUUGUAGGUUCGCGACGGCUCUUUGGACUCAAUCAUAAUUGCCGCCAAAUUAUUGGGCGAAAAAAAGAAGAAACCCAUCGAUUUCUCACAAUUUCACUUCAUUACCGAUGCCAUCAAUUUGCAGAAAAUUUUCGCGUUUUGUAAUGUGAGUUUGAGUUUGGGGAGGAAAAAUAGGAGAAGAUUGGGAGAAAAAUGAAGAGAUAGGAGAAGUUGGGGGAUAUUUAUUGAAAUUUUGAAAAUUGAAGAACGGGCUUAGAGUUAUUUAAGUUAGGGCCUAAGUUAGGCCUUUUGAAUUAGGCCUAGCUUCAGGCAUGGCUGCUAAAGUGGAAGACACAGACCUAAGCCUAAGAGUAGGCCUGAUAUCAGCCCAAGCCUAAAGGCCCUGUGAGCUAAUAUUUUAGAACUUAGCCUAACUUCAAAGAUUUUUCAACAGAAUAUCGAAUUCUAAAAAUUGAGAUGAAAAUCUAUGAAAAUUUUGAAACAGCAGAUUUUUUACAACAAAUUUUUGGUAUGAAAAACGUUCUUGAUGAUUGAGCGGUUCGAAAAAAUUUUCAAAAAAAGAUGAGAAAAUUUUGAAACAGUGAAAAAAAAAAGAACAAAACUGGAAUUUAGGCUAACUUCAGGCCUCCAUAAGUAAGUUAAAGCCUAAAGGAUAAGUUAAAGCCUAAAGGAUAAGCCUAAGCCUAAAGGAUAAGCCUAAGCCUAAAGACCCCGCAAACGAAUUUUUUAGAACUUAGCCUAAUUUCAAAGUUUUUUCAACAGAAAACUGAUAUAUCCUUUAGCCUAAACUAACUAAUUCUAAAAAUUGAGAUGAAAAUCUAUAAAAAUUUUGAAACAGCAGAUUUUUUACAACAAAUUUUUGGUUAAAAAACGUAAAAAAAAAUUAGAUUUUGUCUGAAUUCAAAAAUAUUUUCAAAAAAAUAUGAGAAAAUGUUGAAACAGUGAAAAAUGGAAAAAAAUAGAAAAAAAACAAAAAACGCGUGCCCAGAGAAAAAAAUUGUGAAAAAAAACGGGGGGGGGGGGGCAGACAGGUAGAGGAGGAGGAGAAAAUGGUCUCGCAGCGCUGCUAAAUAAGAUGCAAACGGGGCAGCGUCAUCUGUGGAGUGUCGUUGUGUGUGUUUUUUUUUUCAUUUUUUUUUUCGCAUUUUUUUCAGAAAAAGAGUUAGGAUAGAGAAAUAGAGAAGGCGAGAGAGUGUUAGAGAUAGAGAGAAAAAAAAUCAAAAAAUCUUAUGGAAUUUAGGCUAAGUUCAGGUUAGUUAAUAAAAGUGAUCUCAUAUUUGAACUCAAUUUUUCUCCCAAGUUUUCUUGGUAUAAAAAUGUAUCAAAUUUCAAAACCUUGUAAACAAAUGGAACUUUUUUCUAGAAAAAAAAGCUGAUCAAAGAAUUUCAGAAAAUCUUUUUUUUUGCUAAAAAAGCUAACUAGACUCUACGAGCAAACUAGACAAUUUGAAGUAGAAAAAAUGAGUUCAAAAAUGUUUUUUUUUGCAGGAAGCCGGUGAAGGAUUAUUCCGCAUUGAUUGUGAACGUGUUGGAAAAACUGUUCUUCUUACCAGGUGAGUCAAGGAGCAGCGCCUUGAAAUAGCUGAUGUCAAGAAGUCGUUCCUUGAGAGAGCUGAUGUCAAGGAGUCGCGCCUUGAGGUAUUAUUUGUCAAGGAGCCGCGCCUUGAACACAAGUCUGUCAAGGGGCAGCGCCUUGAGGUAUUUACUGUCAAGGAGCAGCGCCUUGGGGUAUUUGAUGUCAAGGAGCCGCGCCUUGAGGUCUUUGCUUUCAAGGAGCAGUGCCUUAGGAUAGUUUCUGUCAAGGAGCUGCGCCUUGAGAAAUUUGCUGUCAAGGAGCUGCUCCUUGAGAUAGCUGCUGUCAAGGAUCCGAGCCUUCAGAUAGCUGCUGUCAAGGAUCCGAGCCUUGAGAUAGUUUCUGUCAAGGAGCGGCGGCUUGAGCUAGUAUUUGUCAAGGAGCCGCGCCUUGAAGAUAUGUCUGUGAAGGAGCAGCGCCUGGAGGUAUUUUCUGUCAAGGACUCGCGCCUUGAGGUAUUUACUGUCAAGGAGAAGCGCCUUGAAGACUUAUUCGUCAAGGAGCCGCGCCUUGAAAGAUCAAAAUUCUACAGUAGUGUCUGAAAACUUUGCCACGUCAUAACUCAUGUUCAGAAGUUAAUUUUGACAGCAGAAUCAUGCUCAGCGGCUCAAAAUUCACUAGAAAAAAUGUUCCCGAAAUCUUAAAUUUCAGAAUGGAAGCCUCCGAUUUGAUGGAAGUCGGUCACGUGACAUUCGAUCAAAAUCUAAAGGCACGAAUGACUCGACCGCGCGGCGCUCAUUCAACCGGACCAUUCUUCCAACUCAUCGCCUAUCAAUACGGUAGCUUCCGAAUUUUGGUCCGAUACGAGGUGGAUUGUGCCGAUUAUGCGGCUGUCAAAUGCACACCGUGAGAAGAUUUUUUUUGGGAGAGAAGCUGAAUAUUUUCAAGAUCAAAAAUCAAUAUAAAUGUUUUUUCAGAGUCCCAGUGGAUAAAUCCGAAGUUCUCCCGGAGAAGAAAAAAUCCGACCUCAAUUCAAAUAUUGAUGUCGUGAAUUAUGGUGAGAUUCCACACGAUGUUCCACUUCAAGUUUUGACAACUUAUCCGCAAGGAGCCGGUUUUCCAUUCUUUACAUGGGGACAACUUUUCUUCACUAAUGCUACUAAUGUGGGUUUUUUGAGAUUUUUGGGGAAAAAUUCACUGUUUCUGAAAUUUUUGAUAUUUAGGUUUUGAGGGAUUUUUUGAAAUUUGAUGGAUUUGGGAUUUGAAAGAUCUAUAGAUUCGAAAAAACAAAAAAAAUUCACUGUUUCUAAAAAUUUUGAUAGGGUUUGAAGGAUUUUUUGAAAUUUGAUGGAAUUGGGAUAAAAACAUCUAUAGAAUCAAAAAAAUCAAAAAAAAAUUCACUGUUUCAAAAAUUUUAUACAUUUUAUAAGGAUUUUGAAAAUUUUAUUAAUGGAUCCUUGUGAAUUCCAAAAUGAAUUAUCAAAAAUUUACUGUUUCAAAAAAUUUUUGAUAGGUUUUGAAGAAUUUUUUGAAGGAUUAUUCUUAGCUCUUCAUAGUUUUGGCACAUUUAUAAUUUCGAAAAAUCAAAAAAAAAUUCACUGUUUCAAAAAUUUUAUACAUUUUUUGUAAGAUUUCAUAAAAUUUGAUCGCAUUUAUCCAUAAUAUUUGGAAAAUAAAUUAUUAGAAAUCUACUGUUUCAAAAUAAUUUCAAAUAAUUUUGGGAAUAAUUUUUGAAGCUUCGUUUAAAAUUGAUACUGGCUCGAAAUUUCUGUCAAAAAUUGAAAUCGAAUGAAUUUUUUUGUUACAAAAAUGCACUGUUUCAAAAAUUUUAUACAUUUUAUAAGGGUAUUGAACAUUUUAUUAUUGGAUCCUUGAGUUUGGAAAAUAAAUUAUCAAAAAUCUACUGUUUCAAAAUAUUUUCAUAUAAUUUUGACAAUAAUUUUCGAAGUUCCCGUAGUUGUCGCUAGUAAGAUAUUUGAAAAAUCAAUCACCAACUUUUUUUAUAAAUUAAAAAAUUGUUUUAUUGAUUGAUUCUCAGGAAAAAAAAUUUACUGUUUCAAAAAUUUUACAUUUUUCGAAAUUUUGACGAGAUUUCAUUGGAGAUUUUUUUCUAACUUCAAAAAAAAAUUCGAAACUUGAUAAAAUUCACUGUUUCAAUAUUUCUAUAAGUUUUGUCCUAUUCAAAAUAUAAUUUGAUUCAGCAAAAAACUUUUUCACUUUUUCAAAAAAAAAUCCCGAAAUUUGCAGGAAGUGCUCGGUUGGUUCAAAGGCAACGGCGACUUCGGUAAACCCGCCAUCUACACCCUUCAAGACGUCUCAAAAAUGAUGAAACCUCUUCCACUUGUUUCGCUCAGCAAAGUUCACGAUUGUCUUGAUAAGGUCUACAAAUUCCUCACGAAAAAUGACGCGAAUUUCCGAUGUGGACUGGUUUGGAAGGGAAAAGCGCAUUUGGAGAUUUUUGCGAAACAUGAUGAUGCGGCUGGCGGAAUUUCGAAGGGGGUUAGAGAUUUUUUGGCGACUCAAUGUAAGGAUGAUCAAGAAUCGGAGACUUCUUAA